ACACUUCUUCAUCUCACAACCCUAGCUCUCUCUUCUCUCCCAUAUAAAACCGACUCUUUAAGCUGUUCAAGUUUCCUCUGCCAUUUGCGAGCCACCGGUGAUCGACUCGAGCGACAUCUCUCAGCUUCUAAUCUAAUCUAAUCCGCAUUCAAGCCAUGUCGAGGAAGAAGACCAGAGAGCCAAAGGAAGAGAAUGUUACUCUUGGGCCUGCAAUAAGAGAGGGAGAACACGUUUUUGGUGUUGCACAUAUUUUUGCUUCUUUUAAUGACACUUUCAUUCAUGUCACUGAUUUGUCUGGGAGAGAAACCAUGGUUCGCAUCACUGGUGGAAUGAAGGUUAAAGCUGACAGGGAUGAAUCUUCACCAUAUGCUGCUAUGCUUGCAGCACAAGAUGUUGCAGCAAGAUGCAAGGAGCUUGGCAUUACUGCUCUUCAUAUAAAGCUUCGUGCUACUGGAGGGAAUAAAACUAAGACACCUGGUCCAGGUGCUCAGUCUGCUCUUAGGGCACUUGCUCGUUCUGGAAUGAAAAUUGGUCGAAUUGAGGACGUGACACCAAUUCCCACUGACAGCACUCGCAGAAAGAGUGGUAGAAGGGGAAGAAGACUGUAGAGUGUUUCCUGUCAACUGCAUAUCCAGUUUGGUGGUGGUGCUUUAAUAGAUUGGUUAUGUUCACUACUUUUACUUGGAUGGAAUCUAGUUGUGACAUCAUUUUGUAGUUUUUGCAUGUGGUUUUAUCCUGGAUUUUUGAAUUUUGUAGAAAGAUAAUGAGUUAGUAUGAAUUUUGUUCAAUGAGGUAAUGUUUGAAGUCACUUGUGAUUUUAAUCUACUGUGGAUGUUUAUUUUUUAAAAGGUGAAGAGAAUAUUGUCCUUGAAUUAUGCUCA